GAAUUGUUAUCCAAUUUUUGGGAGCUUUCGGUUCAGAGCAAGAUCGUUUAUCGGUAUGACGUCGCUGUUUAUUUGGGGAACCGCGCAAACAGUAGAGCUGUGAAUUACUUGCGUGGGCCCCGAGACGAUUACGCGCAAGUAACAAGGCGUAGAGUGUGUCUGUGCGCUCUACAGUUAAUACUGGCGCGUUAUCACAUUGCUAGUGAAGGCUCUGCCGUCAUCUAUGAUGGGAGUGCUAUCAUGUUUUCAUCUGAGGAUCUUGCUCCUGCUCUAAAAGAGCAUCAUGGAAUAUUAACAAUCAACACAGGUGAUCUUCCAGUGCAACUGAGUAAGCAAAUUAGAUUUUACUGCCCAUCUGGCGAUACUCUAACCAUUGAAAUAUGUCGAUGUCGAGAUGACGCAACUUCAUUCGACAUAGCCGAUCUCUCAGCACAAUAUGGUGUGGGGUGCUUGUACAGCAAGUCAGCUCCUGCAGACAUUGGGUGCGGCUAUGAAGUUUUCACUGGAGCACGCAAGGGAAUCAAAUUCAUCGAACGAAGACAAAGAGGUUCAACGAUCGUUGUACCGGCCUUGAUUCUUGACCACCGGGCUGGCACGUUCUUUAAGAGUCAGAACUUGAUGAAAAGUGUUCAAGAACUCGAAGGACUGCAACACAUGGAGCGUUUCGACUUCAGCAAUCCCAAUGAUCGUAUGAAUCCCAUUUGGAACAAAGUAAAUGACUACGUGAAAGGUCUGUGA